CGGUUAUAUCGCGUGUGGGGCUGACAGAAAACUACGUUUCCCACAAUGCCGUGCGCUGUCAAUAAGGAAAUGAGUAGGCAGCAGAUGCAGCAGGACGUCCUCCGCUGCUCCUCCGCCUGCUUCCCCCUCCGCAGCUCCACCGAAUGUGGAAGUGAAACCUCGGCUCACCCAGAGAAACACGAACCUGCAGAUCUCUCCAGAAUGGCGUCCAUCGUGAGCUUCUACGUGUGCUACCUGUUGUGCCUGUGCCUGAGCCUGGCCUGCGUGGUGUGUGUGUGUGUGUGGAACAGCCACUGGCGCGGCGGUUUUGCGUGGGACGGCUCGGUGCUGCAGUUCAACUGGCACCCCGUCCUCAUGGUGACGGGGCUGCUGGUGCUGUACGGCAACGCGGCGGUGUUGUACCGCGUGCCCCUGACCUGGGGUCAGAACAAGCGUCCCUGGAAGCUGCUGCACGCUGCUCUCAUGCUGCUCGCCCUCGUCCUCUCCAUCGUGGGGCUCUGUGCCGUGUUCAACUUCCACAACGCCGUCAACACUCCCAACCUCUACUCUUUGCACAGCUGGAUUGGAAUCGCAGCUACAGCUCUGUUUGCCUUACAGUGGGUUUUGGGUCUGGCUGUGUUCCUGCUGCCCUGCCCCCCCGCCUCUCUGCGUGCCCUCCUGAAACCCGUCCACGUGUGGAUGGGGGGCAGCAUCCUGUGGCUCUGCAUCGCCGCCUGCAUCUCCGGCAUCAACGAGAAACUCUUCUUCGUUCUUAAAGGCGGCGCUGCUGAGGCGUACGCCAGCCUUCCAGCCGAGGCUCUGUUGGGAAACUGUUUAGGAGUUUUGAUCGUAGCGUUCGGUUUGGUUGUCCUGAAGAUCUUGUCCAACCAGAACUGGCAGCGCCCCCCCGACUCCCGAUCUGAGGAUCUGGUUUACACGCCGGUGCUUCAGGAGGAAAAUGAAUAAAGGAAAUAAAAGACAUGCUCACUGCAUCAAACCCUCCAAAUCACUUCAACCAUCACCGACACUCAGCAACCCUGAAGAUCUCUUUGAAUGUACAAACAGUGUGAGAAUCUUUCUGUGGCUGUAAAUAUUUAUUUGAAAUUAUAUUUAAGAUUGCUUUUUUGCCAAAGAAUAAAACCUGUUUUCCUUGUG